UUAUUUAUUGUUUGAAGAUAAAGUUUGUUACUGUAAUACAAGAAAGAUGGAUUGUUGUAAUUACGUCCAACCGUAUCACCCUGGACACGGUAAUUUUUAUCAGCAACAGCACUUUUGUUAUGACAACAUGACCGGCUACGCGACAACCUCCACGGCCUAUGGUACGGCUCCGAUUUCUGAUUCGAUCGAAGUUAAUGCCCGAUACGCCAGGCUCCAGGCUGCCUAUCCGACAGAUUACGUGUACAACCCGAAGGAAGCUCGACUUCGAAAAGCAAUGCGUGAGCAGUGUCGCGAAUUAUCGCGGCAAUCUAUUCUUCAGAGUACAGUUACGACGACGAGCGGCAAUGCCUCGGCAACUGGUGCAAAUAGUACUAAUGGAUCUGUUGGCGAACGUGGAGUAGCUGGAGUUGGAAGCGGAGGUGGAGGAGGCGGAGGAGGAGGAAACAGGAGUGGAAAUGCCGGUGUUGAGAUUUCGGGAUCCGGUAAUUUUCUAAAUCACCCGAUGUCUUCUGGUGCGUCACCGGCCCCAGCAGCCGCAGUCAGUGUUUCUUCAUUACCUUCCAGCAGUUCAGGGUACAACUCCGGGAGGAUCAUCAACCCCUGGUUCCCGGUCGGUCACACCGGACCUGCUAGUCACAUCAAGCCAAUGCUCUCGCAUCGGGUCAUGCAGGCCCACCAGCGAACGUUCGAUAAGACCAAAGAGGUUUUGAGAAAGCAACCCGAGUGCGCCGGUGCUUUUUCCGCAGCCUCCGCCGCGGCGGCGUCGUGUUACCCCGGUGAUUUUACUGUUCACGGAGCGCCCACGCAGGCGGCUAGCGACACGAGUGUCGGUGGCCUCGAGAGCAACGAUUAUUGUAGCGGUGGCGGUAUCGGGGAAUUCUCCGAUGCCCAGAAGUGGCAUCCUUACCAAAGUACUGCUGCUUAUCAUGCUAGAGGACCAAUUAAUAAAAUGACAAGUCGUCAUGCCAUGCAAAGUAUUAACACACAUGGUCAUGGACCCUGGAAUCAAUUUUGCGGCGUUCCAUUGUUUUCUAUGGCUGCCCAAAAUCAAAUGGUUCGUGGUCCGAGACACAUGGUCUUUCUCCAAGACCAGCAAGAACGGCACUGUGGAUAUCCUGAUGAAAUGCCAAUGAAUUAUAUGACUAAUAAAAUAGAUAGUCACCGAUUGCAGCCUAGUUACACGCAAAAUUAUCAACAGGAAACCGAAAAGUGUAUCGAAGAUGCAUCCAGGUGGGAGCCGCCUUCUGCCGAGCCGGCGAUAACAAACUUGGUGAGCUCUCCCCGGGAGCAAGAGCGUGAAAGAGUUAGAGAAAAGCACCCACUGAAAAAGGAGGAGUCUAACAAUAAGGAGUAUCAAGAGAAUGUUGAACCACAGACAAAAACUCCGCGGAAACAACCUCUCCCGGGUUUCCAUCAAGCUUUUGGUUCCACGGAGAUCGGAAGGUUCUCGAGAUCCGAAUUUUUCGCCAGCAUGGUAGGCGAUAAUAAUGUCAGCAGCUCUGGAAGUGUCCCCAGCAGCACCAAUAGCAGCGCAAUUGGAGUCGGAGUUGUCGGUAGUAAUAGUAACGGAGUAAGUAAAAAUCGCAAUUCUAGUAUCGAUACAUCGUCAGACAUCAACAGUCAGUCGUCAAGAGUAGAUUCAGUAGAUCUUGAAUCAUUGUCGAACCCGUCGGAUGACGUUAUUACCAGCGACGAUGUUGAUAAUACGUCACCGGAUAAUUUUAAUAGCUUGUCUAGUUUGUCGACGAUGACGAGCCACUUCGACAGUGUUAAAACAACAAUGCCCAGGUGGCAUAGUCCUUACAUUAGUGCUAUAGGCAGUCAAAUAUAA